AUGAUGACAACCUCAUCAUCAACACCACUCGUUCUCAUUACCGUUCUGAUCUGCGCCAUCUUCGCCAUCAGCUGCGCCAGGGGCGAGAUGGUGGUGAAUGGCCAGUUCACCACCGAUCUCUCCGGCUGGACCGUCACCACCGGCGCCUACUCCGGCUACCUCAAGCAGCUCAACGGCCAGUGCGCCAUGGGCUCCGUGGGCGGCCUGGGCAACAUCACCCAGACCCUGGCCACCACCUCCGGCGCCACCUACACCGUGCGCUUCACUCUGGGCUGCAGCCAGGGCACGCCCAACGCGUUCCUGGCCAAGUUUGGCGGCUCGACGCUGCUCUCGCUCAUCAACGGCCCCGCUCAGGCCCAGACCCAGUACUGCCGCACCGUCGCCGUCCGGUCCACGUCGACCGUCCUCUUCUUCGGCGCCCGGCACGACCCGGCGGCCUACCUGCUCGACGAUCCUCUGCCCCAGCCCCACGCCCACCACUUCGCCCACGCCGUCCACCACCCCGUCGCGUUCGCCCACGUCAUCGCCCACUGCAUCGCCUACGUCUACUCCCACGCCGUCCACCACCCCUUCGUGUUCGCCGUCGACGUCGCCGGUGCCGUCGCCCCCAUCGAGGUGCCCUGCACUACGGGGAAUGCGAGCUUCAGCUGGCUGGGCCACAACAAUGGCCUGGGUCCGUGGGGCGCGGCGCCGGACCCGUUGCUGGGCUGGCUGGCGGUCAACUGCUUCGCCAACGCCGUGCGCGGUGUAAGCUCGGUCCGCAGCUUCACCUACCACCUCCGCCCCUACAACGUCUCGGGCGCGUUGUUCGUGUUCGACGACUCCUCGGCGUCGCCGGCCGCGCGCGGCUUCGUGAUCGACGCCGCCGCGCAGACGAUCGUGGCCGCCACCGACAUCACGCCCGGCCUGCCCACCAGCUUCGUCACGGUGGUGCCGGCUGUACAGCCCACCUACACCCCCGGUCCAGGCCACCUUCUCUGGGCCGCUCGCCGCGCUGACCCCGCCCGGACCUACCUGCUGGCCUUCUGCGCCGAACCGGCCUCGCCCGGGACCAACCAGUACUGGUUCCUGGAGGAGGGCUGGGUAGACACCAACCCGGGCGCGCUGACCACCUGCGCCGACGGUGCCGGUUGCUUUGCAACGCCUGCGGGCGCCAACUGGGUCUCGCACACGGCCCACGUCCUGACGACGGUGGUCGACUACACCUGCGAUGCGCCCACCACCGCCCCUUAA